AUGCACAACCCUCGCACUUCCCAUAUUCAGGUUGUCAAGCGCAUUCUCCGGUAUAUUAAAGGCACGCUUGAGCAAGGGCUCAUUUUUCACAAGUCUAAUGAUUUCACUUUACGGAGCUUCUCGGAUGCUGAUUGGGCUAGUUCCGUUGAUGAUCGACGCUCUACCACUGGUGCUUGUAUCUUUCUCGGUCCUAAUCUUCUCACAUGGACUGCCAAGAAACAGUCUACUGUUUCUCGCUCUAGCACUGAAGCCGAAUAUCGAGCUCUUGCCAACACUGCCGCUGAAAUCCGAUGGUUUGGUUACUUGUUUCGUGAACUUGGCAUUCCCCUUCAUUCUGCACCAUGCAUAUAUGUUGAUAAUAUUUCUGCAAUCUAUAUGGCUGCCAAUCCUAUUUUCCAUGCUCGCACACGACACAUUGAGAUUGACUAUCACUUUGUCCGCGAACUCGUUGCUCGGAAAGCGCUUCAUACUCUCUAUGUUCCCUCCUCUCAUCAACUUGAUGACAUAUUCACUAAUGGUCUUAAUCGUGAUCGGUUUUCUCUUCUUAAAUCCAAGCUUAAUCUUUGUGUUGCUCCGUUGCGCUUGCGGGAGGGUAAAGAGAAUCAUGAUGCAGAUCAUGAUUCCAAACAAUUAGCCCAUUCCAUGAAAUCAGUCGAUCCCACUAAAUCAGCAUUGACGGACUCCCCAUCACAAGAUCAACUUCAUCCCAGCUAG